AUGGCUUCAUUGGCAACCGCUGCUGCUGUUCGCGAUAUCCCAAAGACCUCCUUCGGCCGAGACAACUUAACUGCUGUAGCGGCUGCUCGGAGCGUCCCUGUGACACGAAACCAUCCCCUCCCGACUCCUCCCAACUCCAUAUCUCCCGCACUGCCUCCUCAUGGGCUCAAGGCGGCCCUGCAGAAGGCCUCCAGGCUUGACCCCAUCGACUCAGAUCUGGACCUGCACGAUGGUACCGAUUCGGACCACUCCGUAGGAUCUCCGACUUUUGAGUCCGCAGGUGCCAUCUCCCCAGCCCUGUUGUCCAAGUAUCACCUCCCGGAGAUCUUGCUCAACCACGGACCCAUGCCUAUCCGUCACAUCAUGGGUUACCUGACAACAUCAGUCCCUGGCUUCGCCGGCAUAGCGCCUCCGAAGGCCCGAAGACUUGUGGUCGCAGCACUGGAGGGACGUGGACAAGGACAUGGAGUUGAAGGCGGAGGGGUGACCGGUGACGUGGUGUUUGAAAAGGUUGGCUGGGGAAGAUGGGAUGCGAAGCGACGUGGCCAGCCGGGUCGGGAUACUGCAUCUCGAAGGUCACCGACCGCUGCUCCCUACCCAACCAGCAUCCCCAUCAUCAGUGGCCCACGUGGCAUCGAUCGAUCUCGGUUGAAUGCUCGUGCCACUAGCUACGGCAAUUCGGCUGCCUUCUCUCAUGACGAUCGCGACGUCAGCAUGCUGGAGAACGAGGCAGAUAAGAUGUCUCUCGACUCCCUAGAUGGACCGGCUUCAGCUUCUUGCUCUGAGGCCCCUGACGACGACGAUAUGAUCAUGAAUGACGACCCAGAAGAUGCUACCGACGACGAGGACUGGGCUGCCGUCGGAGCCGCUGCCUUGCGAGCAGCUUCCUAUUCUAGCCCCGCAGAGGCCCGCCAUGGCUUUUCCCAUGUAUAUAAAUCUACCAAUGGCUUUCGCUCCUUUGGUGCCGGUAUGCUCCGUGAGCCUCGACUGGAUAACAUCGACAUGGCCGCGUUAGCCGCCUCACCCAACACCCAGGAGCGGGAGGCUAUUCAGGCACUUUUGCAACUUGGUUCUGUAUAA